CUGUUGUGCGAAAUGGCGUCGAAGGUGGGACCGGACUUGCGUGCGUCGGUGCUCCUGCUAUGUGAAAGCGAUGAUUCAGAGAGCUCAGACAGUUCAAGUUCGAGCUCAAGCAGCAGUUCAAGUUCGAGCUCGGGCAGCAGCUCCGGCGAAUCGCGUUCGCGGCUACUUUGCGAACGAAAGUUCACGGAGCUCUUUGGACCUCGUAACAAGAGACCCAAGAUCGAGGAUUACAUCGAGCGAACGGUUCACGUCUACUGGGACGAGGAGUUCCGUCGGAACUUUCGCAUCUCGAGGCGAACAGCCUACAAGCUGAUCGACGAGUUUGCGGCGUCUCCUAUGUACCCCGCUGCCGAUCACGGAGGAUCGCCAGCGAAGAGCGCAGAGGAGCACCUGCUGUCAUUUCUCUGGUACGCGGCUAACAAAGCAUGCAUCAGAGACGUUGCCGGACGUUUCAACCUGGGUGAGAGCACGCUUCACGGCAUGAUGGAUCGAGUUCUGGAUUUCAUCCUGAGCAUCGGACCGCGCCUCAUCAAGUUCCCCGAGGAUCUGGAGCGCCUGUCAAGAGACUUUGAAGAGGUAUCCGGUGUCCCUGGCACAAUUGGGUGCAUCGAUGGGUCAUACAUCGCCAUUGAGUGCCCAGCCAAAAAGAUCCGGUCGACUUACGUCAACCGGCAUGGUUACCCGUCGUUGACACUGCAGGCAAUCUGUGACCGCCACAAGCGGUUCCUGGAUGUAACUACUGGACACCCAAGCAAGGUCCAUGAUGCCAGGGUGUAUCGAACAUCAAGCAUUGCAGACAAGCUACCAGAGAUCUGCCGCAGGAGCCAAUACCACAUCCUCGGCGAUGCGGCGUAUCCUUUGAGAGAGUAUAUGCUAACUCCCUUCCGGGAUUACGGUCGUCUGACCGCAAAGCAGAGGAAUUUCAAUCUGAAAUUCUCGGGCACUCGUGUGCUGAUAGAGAACUCUUUCGCUGACCUAAAAAAGCGUUUUAGGCAGCUAAAGCUCCUCGAAUUCAUCACUGUGGACCACUCAGCAAAGUUCAUUAUUGCUUGUUGCGUCCUCCACAACCUCUGCAUUGAGGCCGGAGAGCAUAGCGUUGUGGAGGACCCCGAAGACGGGGAGGCUAGACGCCCAGACACUGACUCCCUGGAGGAGUUUGGGCCCAUGACGGCCACAGAUUCCAUCCUCCGCAGACUUGGAGAGGAGAAGAGGGACAGGGUCAUUGCACAAAUGGGGCUGAGAUGAGUCGCCAUCCGGACACGGAAACUCGCAAGCUUAUUUUCACAACCUCAUUGGAGGCCUGUAGAAUGUAGGUCUUGGGGACAAGGGGCGUCUGCCCGAGUUCUUGCUUUUUCCCUCCCCAUCAAUGUAACAUAACAUUCCUUUCAAUUCUUUUUUUUUUUUUUUGUGAUAGUUUUUUUUUGCGCUGGCAAGGCCCCAUUUCUUAGACAGGCAGUGGCCUUGGUAACAGGUAGUGGAGUUUGUAGCAUGACCCCUUCCCCCCCCCCCCCCCCCCCCCCAACGUUAGCAACACUACAGUACGAGAGCGAGCUUGCGCCGACCAGCGAGCCAUGGGAUUUGGGCUUUUGAUAAAGACUGUCGGUAGACAGGUUAAGGAUUGCAUAUUCAGAUUCAACCAUAGAGUACCGGUUCACUGUACCAUGACAAUGCGAAGAGUGAUCCACAAUAUACAUUCACAAUGUGACUGUGGUGUGUAUAUAUUUAACAUUACUUCACCAUGUCACCAUUCCCGUGCGGACCUGGGAUGAGUCUUCUACUUGUUCUUGUUUCUUCUGAUGACCACUUAGGUUUUGCGUGAAAUAUUUUAUUUUUUAUUUGUCCAAAUUUUGUCUCGUCUUGCCGUUCAAACUAUUAUUUUCAUAGCAACAAAGGGCUGUGACAAGCGUUGAUGUUGCUUGUGCUUCCGAUUUUAUCGCAGUUCUCCCCUGCAGAUCUGAAAUGAGUCUUCUGCUGUGCUUUAGACCAUGUUCUUGUUUCGUUCUCAUGACAAUUUUGUUUUGUGUGAAAUAUAUUCAUCCUUGACUGUCCAUAUUUUUAUGUCUCUUCUUGCCGUUUAAACUGUAACUUUUUAAAAAGCAACUGAGAGCUGAUAAGUGUUACUGUUGUUUCUGCGUCUAAUUUUAUCGCAAUUUUAUUUUAACCGUAUUGCUAUUUUUAGGUUGCUCUGCGUUUUAGUCAUGGAACAUGUUUGCUGCCGUAUUUUUUUAGCUUGGCCAAUGAACUCUGCGUGCUGCUCUGAACUUUACAGGGGAUGGGGGCCCAUCAGGCAGAAAUGCCUUUUGUCCUGCCUCCCCCUACCCGGCAUUGCUGGUGAAAAUCCAAAUAAAAAUGAAAUGAAAUUUCAAUAGA